CUCUAACACUCAACCCUCGCGGGGCUGCCAUCAGAACCGUCACACGUCCCGGCCCGGCAGGGAGAAAACGACAUGGCGGCGGCCACGCCCGAGAACCUCUCUCUGGUGGUGCACGGACCCGGAGACCUGCGCCUGAGAAGGACCCCCAGCACCUCCACAGAGAGUCCCCUGACUUCCAUCGAGCAUCUCUACCCUUCCACCCCCUCCUGUAAGGCAAAUAGGAGAACUAUCCUAUCCCUGAACCAGGCCCAAAUGAAGUGCUGCUGAAGAUGCAUUCUGUUGGGAUCUGUGGCUCAGACGUCCACUACUGGCAGCAUGGUCGAAUUGGUGAUUUUAUUGUGGAAAAGCCUAUGGUGCUGGGUCAUGAAGCUUCAGGGACAGUCGUAAAAGUGGGAUCACUGGUCAAGCACCUAAAACCAGGGGAUCGUGUUGCCAUCGAGCCUGGCGCUCUGCGAGAAAUGGAUGAAUUCUGCAAGAUUGGCCGGUACAAUCUGUCGCCAUCCAUUUUCUUCUGUGCCACGCCCCCUGAUGAUGGGAACCUCUGCCGGUUUUAUAAGCACAACGCUGACUUCUGCUACAAGCUUCCUGACAAUGUCACCUUUGAAGAAGGGGCCCUGAUUGAACCACUGUCUGUGGGGAUCCAUGCCUGCCGGCGAGCUGGAAUCACCCUGGGGAACAAGGUCUUUGUGUGUGGAGCUGGGCCGAUUGGACUGGUCACUGUGAUUGUGGCCAAGGCAAUGGGUGCAGCUCAAGUGCUGGUGACUGAUCUGUCUGCCUCUCGGUUGUCUAAAGCCAAGGAGGUUGGGGCUGAUAAUGUCCUUCAGAUUUCCAAGGAGAGCCCUAAGGAAAUCGCCAGUAAAGUGGAAGGUCUGCUGGGGUGCAAGCCAGAAGUAACCAUCGAGUGCACAGGGGCAGAGCCUGCCAUCCAGUCAGGCAUCUAUGCUACUCGUUCUGGUGGGACCUUGGUGCUUGUAGGGCUGGGCCCUGAGAUGACCACUGUGCCCCUGGUGCAUGCAGCCAUCCGGGAGGUGGACAUCAAGGGCGUGUUUCGAUAUUGCAACACGUGGCCGAUGGCAAUUUCGAUGCUUGCCUCCAAGUCUGUGAACGUAAAGCCCUUAGUUACCCAUAGGUUUCCUCUGGAAAAAGCUCUGGAGGCCUUUGAAACAGCCAGAAAGGGACUGGGGUUGAAAGUCAUGCUCAAGUGUGACCCCAAGGACCAGAAUCCCUAAUAAUGAAUUGGGUUUUGCCCUCAACCCCCUACCCCCAGCCCUGUGCCAGUAUCUUGGCAGGGCGGGGCUUGAUGCAAAAGUUUCUUUUGAGUAGCAAAAAUAAUUAAAAUAAUUCAUUACAAGCAGAGAGCCUUAAACAACAGAGGAACUGGUGUACCUUAAAAACACAAGUAGGGACAGUUUGGGGGAAUUUGCAGGCAGAGUGACCUACCUGUUCAUACAAAGCAAAGUUCAGCAAGUAAAGCAGAGUUUGUUAGGCAGAUGCUGGGAACUCCCCUUCUUCCUGGAAUGCCUCAGUUAAGUGAGGAAAGAAAUCUGCCCAUUGGGUUCCUGGUUCCACCGUGACUGGCCAGGUGGGGUUGGGAGCUAAGUUAUGGAGAGACAACUUGAUCAGACUUGACUGGCACAGAAACUGAUUUUCAUGAAAAAUCUCGGUUCAGGGUCUGGGUUGAAAGGUUGUCAGCAGUUUCUAGACAUAAGUGCUCUUUGGUUGGAUGAUAAAAGGAGACUUUAAGGAACUGACCUUCCUGGGUCUAGGAUAAUUUUUUAAAAUCAAUUUAAAAAAACCCAAAACUGAAAUCCUGUGUGAGAUCCAACCAGCUUACAUUCUCCAAAAGUAGGAACAGUCAGGCAAGCUCUCAAUACUGCUGGAAGAUUGCCUCUUCUGCAACUCCUCAGAAUUCUGUGUAACUUCAACAGCCUUCCCCACACUUCCCACCCCACCCUUCGUUCCUUCAGGGGCAGUCACUGUGGGCUCCUUUGUCACUAGUCAACCAGGAGGCUCCUUCCUUAGGGCAACAAUCAAGGGGAGUCCUCCUGGGAGACUUGCCCAGGAGGGUUUGGCCAGUGCACCUGUCUUCCCGUCCCACAGGGUCAGCAUUCCCUUCACUCUCAUGAUGAUGGACAAUUCCAUUUAAUCCUGAUGAUUAUAAACAGAAAUCCCUUCUCCUCCUCAUAGACUGUUAACACUGUUGGUAUCUUUCUGUUGGAAUGAUCACUCCCAUCUUAUUUUAAUCGUAGGAUUUUCCUGUGUAAGAUUUGGGGUCCAAAUCACUUGAUGCCCAUCUGGGACUUUGAGAUAGUUAGUCAAGAAUGAGGAUAUUGUAGCUGUGACAUAACUUGGGCUGCAGCCUUUUAAUCCUUCAGCUGGGAGUGGAGACUAAGUUUGAAGAGGCUGUGUCUUUCCUAUAACUGGGGAGGGCUGUUACCAAUGCUUGGAAUCCCUCAACCUGCUUUGGGUAAUAAAUUAUGGUUGUGGUGCCUCAC